UUUAACUUAAAUUUGAAGCAGAGUGUCUGAAUUUAAUUCUAAGCUUUGUAAUUUAGCUUAAAUUUGAAGCAGAGUAUUUACUAUUUAUUCAACGGUGACCGAAAACACCACAGUCUUCUAUUACUUCAGUUCCUACCAUUACCAGUGCAAAAAUGCCACAAGAUGUUGUUUAUCAGCACCCUUUGUUUGGGGGAAAAAUAUCAAGCACUUUCCCCAACAGGUUUCAGGAUGUCAGCGAUAUUCGAGAAGUCCCUGACCAUCAGGAGGUAUUUGCGGAUCCUAGCCGCGACGAAAGCUUGAUCUUUGAGCUUUUAGAGUUUAAGCCUGAUGUUGCCGAUAAUGGAAGUGCUGCAUGGUUUCUUCAAGACCUUGCUAGAGAGCAGGAUGCUGAAGGGACUGUGGUUAUUGAGCAGUCAGGAGUACUGGAUGCACCUGGUUUGACGUAUAAUAAUACACCGGCUGUUGUAACCACUGCAGUAGGCCAAAUGGCGAUUUCUAAGGGACGACAAGGAAGAGAAGCACAAAAUAUUGUGAAAGUUUAUUUGGCAAAUUUGCGUAUCAAAGGAGUUGAUACUGAUGUAUUAAUCACUGCAUAUGAGCCCAUUGUUAUAAACCCAUUUAGUGAAAGUGCAGAUACCGUUGGAGCCGGCAUGGCUGUUCCUGCAGCACAAGCUGGAUGUAUGUCAAUGGAUGAGGUCUUUAAACUUGCUGUUACAAGCUUCAAGGUUUAUGACUGGGGUCUUUUUUGAUACAAAACCAUAGCAAGUUCAUGUUCAACUGUAUAUCAAGUUAAGGUCUUGGAAACUUUUUAGAAUUGUCAUCAUUCUAGAUAGGUGCCAUUCCCAUUUUUUUUUUAAUCUCCAUCAUUGGUUUUUUUUCUUUAGGCAAUAAUUAUUUUUUCUUCAUAUUUUUUAGUUCCAUCCAGUUAUUUCUUGUUAGUAUUGUCAGCUGGGAACUAGAGAGAAUAUGUUUCUUUAAUUGUUUAGAAAUGUUGGUGAGAUUUUUUUCCCUUUAGGAGGUGCUGGAUUAGAGUUUGUUCUAGUCCCCCUUAUACAUAACAUGGCAUGGUUCAUGCAUUAUGGAGUAUUACACAAAAUAUGGAUAAAAAUGUUUUUAGUUUUUAGCACUAUA